AUGUACAUUGGCUCUCAAAUCGAUAAGGCGAGUGCUGGUGUUGUCCUCGAUGGCUUCAGCGAUCGAAUCGGUCAGGGAAAUUUGCAGCGGCUGGCUGUCCAGACCUGCAGUGAGACGAAGAACAUCAGCAGUCCACAGUACUUUGGAGUUGCUGUUGCCAACGCUGGUGGUGUUGUCGCCGUGCAAGAUGCCUUGAGGAGCUGGAACGAGGCCCAGUGUGUCAAUGGGGACUCAAAGACUGCCUGGAGUGGACCUGAACUCAGCACGGUAUCAGGGACGGAAGUCUCCGUCGAUCCUGAUGCCGUGACUAGCGAUGGCGAUGGUUUGCAAGGUCGCUCGCUGCAUGCGAGAGAUACUUGCAAAUACACUCAAGUUCAAGCUGGUGAUGGCUGCUAUGCCGUGGCCGAACGAUGCGGGUGCACGCAGGAUGAGCUCGCGUCCUACAAUGGAGGCGGUAACUUCUGUACAUCCCUCAAAGUCGAUCAGGUGCGUCUCUUCCCCGCCAGGCCUCCAUGGAUGUAUCAAUCUAACUUUUUCCAGUACGUCUGCUGCUCGCCGGGCGAACCCCCCGACUUUUCUCCUCAGCCUAAUUCUGAUCGAACUUGCUCCGCCUACACAAUCCAGUCAGGAGAUUACUGCCAAGCCAUCGCAGAUGCCCACAGCAUGACCGUAGAGGACAUCCAGGACCGCAAUCGCGACACUUGGGGAGGGCAAGGCUGUGGCAAUGUCUUUCUUGGAAUGAAGAUCUGUCUCAGCACGGGUAGACCACCUUUCCCAGCCGUAGUACCAAAUGCGGUCUGUGGUCCCCAAGUUGAUGACACCGAGCCGACGUCGGAUGUGUCUGGAUGGACUAAUCUCAACCAAUGUCCUUUGAACGCAUGCUAUGAUAUCUUUGGCCAGUGUGGAAUGACAUCGGACUUUUGCACGCCCAAUCCAGCAAUCGCCGUCACUGACUUUUUCCUUAGCGACACGGGAAACCCUGGCACAGCUCAGCCUGGUAGUAACGGCUGUAUAUCCGACUGCGGCACGGACAUCAUUACUAGCGUCAGUCCCUCCACCUUUGAGAGGAUUGGAUACUAUGAGGCUUUUAGCGUUGAGCGACCCUGCGACCAUUUGUCUGUCGCCUCUAUUCCUGACCGAUACACUAUCGUGCAUUGGGCGUUCGCCGAUCUGAGCGAUAGCUUCCAGCUUUCAAUCAGUCCCUACGAGGAUGCAUGGGCGGACUUCAAGAAGGAGACUCGGUUUAAGAAGAUCGUGUCCUUCGGUGGCUGGGAGUUCUCGACCGCGCCUAGCAGCUUCGACGUCUUGAGAUCCGCCGUCAACCCUGAAAACCGACAAAACUUUGCUAACAAUAUCGCCAAGUUCGUGCAAGACGAGGGACUUGAUGGUGUAGACAUCGACUGGGAGCUGAGCUACAAACGAGUCCAAUCUUUCAGACCAUCGUUAACAGAAUACCCAGUAUCCUGGCGCUCCGGAUAG